GAAUGCACAGCAGAGCUCAGAGCAGAGUGGCCCGUGGUCCGGAGUGGAAUCGAGGAAUCAAGAGACAUCCAGAGACGACGCAGUUGGCAGUUCUUUCCACAAAAUGCGCAAUUAUUCGCCUCUCUGGCAGCAGCUAGUGCCAGUGCUGAUGCUGAUGGUGUUGCUGCUGGCCAGCACCUGCGUCAAGGCCAAGCCGCUGGUCUCCUUUGGCGUCAGCUACCAGCAGCCGCAGCCCUACUACAACAGCUACUACGGUGGACCAGGACCCUACCAAAGUGGCGGCUACUACUCCAACUCCAACCAUUACUACAGCAGUCCGGCUUCGCCGUAUCCCUAUCGCUAUCCCUAUGCGGCAGGACACCGAUACGGGGCCCUCGAUGUGGGAAUUGGCGCCCUGUCGCUGACCCCCUUUCUCCUCUGAGCGAGAGCGAGGAGAGCAAUCCAUCUCGACCAAUCCACACG